UUCCAUGCGAGAAGUGUGCCUUCGAUAGCUAUAUUACCGUACCUUCAACGGAUCAAUCGAUACUGCCCAGCUGCAAAUGAGGUCUUCUUAUCGCUUUUGAUCUACUUUGACCGUAUGGCUCAGUCCGCCGUCAACAUGCGGAUCGAUUCAUUUAAUAUCCACCGCUUAAUCAUUUCCGGUGUGACAGUUGCCAGCAAACUUUUUUCAGACACUUUCUUUACAAACACUCGCUAUGCAAAGGUGGGCGGGCUCCCAGUUGCAGAGCUAAAUAGCUUGGAGUUGGAAUUUUUACACUUGAAUAAUUUCGAUUUAUAUAUUUCCGUCGAGGAAUUACAAGAAUAC